GACGCACUGGGCGUUCGCGUCCUGCCUCCCGACCUCCAUCUCUUUCCAUAGCCGCCAUCUUGCUCACCGCGUGUUUCCUUUGGGUCCGGGCAAACAUAAUAAGAGUAAACGCUAUGAAUCAGGAAAAGUUAGCUAAACUGCAGGCUCAGGUCCGGAUAGGAGGAAAGGGUACAGCUCGCAGAAAGAAGAAGGUAGUACACAGAACAGCUACAGCUGAUGAUAAAAAAUUGCAAAGCUCUCUGAAGAAACUGGCAGUUAAUAAUAUUGCUGGAAUUGAGGAGGUGAAUAUGAUUAAGGAUGAUGGUCAGGUCAUUCACUUCAAUAAUCCUAAAGUGCAGGCUUCAUUAUCUGCCAAUACUUUUGCUAUUACCGGCCAUGCUGAGACAAAACAGAUCACAGAAAUGCUUCCGGGCAUCCUGAGCCAGCUUGGAGCUGACAGUCUAACAAGUCUUAGAAAGUUAGCUGAACAGUUGCCUCGGCAAGUUUUGGAUAAUAAAACGCCCAAACCUGAAGACAUCGAUGAAGAAGAUGAUGACGUCCCAGACCUUGUUGAAAAUUUUGAUGAAGCAUCAAAGAAUGAAGCCAACUAAAAAGCUGCUGGCACACCAUAGACUUGGAUAAAGACUGUACCAACAAGAAAACUUAUUCCAAAGUUUUACUAUAUUAAAAGUGAAAAAUCACAAGUUUGCAAAUACAGUGAACUAAGGCAUUUUAUAUUUUAAUGAUGCUGAAUGUUCAGCAACUUUCAAUUGGUUGAAAUCACUUGUUUGCAUUUUGCACUUCGAAAGAGAAUCCUUUGGUCUGAAGUUUGUAAGACACUGAGAUUUCAUUAAAAUGCAACCUGAAUAGGUUGUAAACACAGUGGUGGACAAGCUGGCGAAGAAGUCUUAUUUAAGGUAUUCCCUCAUGACAUGCAAAUAAAACAGAUUGAUUAAC